UAUUAGUAAUCCGGUUGUGUAAAGAGUGCUUGCAUGGUACAUCUAAUAUGCAACCCCCCCCCCCACCAACAAAAACCAAAGGCGCAGUAGUAUGUGGAGAUUUUCAGCAUCAUCAUUCGACUCUAGACUAGCAGAUAUACAAGCGCCAAACCAUGGUCCAAGGAUGGCUACUUGCCUGCGUUGACCAGCGAUCAUACAUGUUCGAUUUCCCAAUCUUUCAAUCGCCAUGUCUUCAAAAAGUAUGGUCUUGGUUACUGGUGCAAAUAGCUAUAUCGCCUGCCAAACUAUUGCAGCACUCUUGGGAGCAGGCUAUAGCGUCCAAGAUAUUGUAUUACCACGCAAGUCUGUAAAUGGUCUAUUCGAGGCGUUGCCGGCAUACGUGAGUGAGAGAUUACUAAACAUUGUAGAGCUGCCUCCAAUCACAGUUGAGCUUUCGACCCAGUUCUCGAAGGUGUAACUGUUAUUGCCCAUCUGGUAACACCCGUGUCAGUCAUGGAUACAGACGUAGAACGUAUAACUUCGACAGCGACAGCGACAGCGGACAGCGGGAACUCUGUCCAUCGUCGAGUCGGCCCUCCAGGACCCUACAGUCAAGAGCUUCAUUUGAAUGUCGUCAAUUGCUACUGUUGUCACGUAAUUUGAAGAUAGGCCAUUCAAAGAAGACGGCUAGCAUGACAAGAGCGUCGAGAUACCAGCACGGUGGAGAGGCAGGUGGAUUGAUGAUUUACACGCUGGGCAAGGUGAAAGCGGAACGUGCUUUUUUGGAAACUGGCCGAAGAGAAGAAGCCUGGUUUUAAGACUAUCAUUAUGUCAGACAUAUGUUCUGCAUCUUUCCAUAAUGAGCUUGGUACUGGAACUGACAUAUCCACAGUUGGGUCUCAGGGCCGCCGCUUU